AUGAAUCAUAACCCAUUAUUCAGCGAGAGUACUGUUACAAAAAUGAAUAACUAUCAAUGUUGGCACCAUCAUCGAGCUAAAAUCAUCUGUAUAUCUGUCAUUGUCCUAGCAAUAGUUGUAUUUACCCUUUCACUGAUAAUAAAAUUUGUUAUUCUUGCACCGAGGAAGUCCGAAACCACUAUUAGCACUACUAUCAUUAUAUCUACACCAUCAAUAACAACAGAAGUGUCCUCAACAACUAUACCACAAACAACAACAACUACAACGUCCAAUCAGCAGUUAGUCUGGCGUAAUACUAGUAAACUGAUUAAUGCGCGAUAUCGACAUACAGCGUCCGUGUUAACCGAUGGAAAAGUGUUAGUUACUGGUGGAUAUAGCGGCUUAUAUCAACUAAGUAGUACUGAAUUAUACGAUCCAUCAACAGGUAGGUGGACGCUUAGUGGUAACAUGAAUAAUGCACGAGAACUCCACACAACAUCUGUAUUAACAAAUGGAAAAGUAUUAGUUGCAGGCGGAGAAUCUUCUCAUGGUUAUCUAUACGCAGCUGAGUUGUAUGAUCCAUCAACAGGUGUUUGGACAGUUACUGAUACAAUGCAACAUGCACGAGCUGAACAUACAGCAACCGUAUUACCAAAUGGCAAAGUGUUAGUUACUGGUGGAUAUAAUGGUGGUUCCUAUCUAGAUAGUGCUGAACUGUAUGAUUCAUCAACAGAAACAUGGACAAAUACUAGUAACAUGAAUAGCGGGCGAGAACAUCAUACAGCAUCCGUGUUAAAAGAUGGAAGAGUUUUAGUCGCUGGUGGAAGUGAUUAUCGUAAUCAAUAUAAUGCAGAGCUGUACGAUCCUUUGACAGAAAUAUGGACAUAUACUGGUAAUAUGACGGCCGGGCGACAAAGCCAUACAGCAUCUGUAUUAGCCAAUGGAAAAGUAUUAGUUACCGGUGGAACGCAUGAUCAUACAAAUAGUGCUGAAUUAUAUGAUCCAGCUACAGAAACAUGGACAACUAUCCAUAAUAUGAAGGAUGGACGAUUCGAUCAUACAGCAUCCGUAUUAGCAAAUGGAAAAGUAUUAAUUGCUGGUGGAUAUUCUGAUCAUGCUCUUGAUAGUGCUGAGUUGUAUGAUCCAUUCACAGAAAGUUGGAUGACUAUUGGAAACAUGAAUCAUAUUCGAAGUGAUCACACAGCAUCUAUAUUGACAAACGAAAAAGUAUUAGUUGCUGGUGGAUAUGAUCAUUCGGGUGUAAACACUGCAGAACUAUAUGAAUCAUUCUAA